CAGUAGCAGUGCUUCUACCUCUCCAGCUCUGUCCUGCCAUCCAGGGCUCAACUGCUGAACUCCAAGAUGCAAAGGGUAGCAGCAGGGAUUCUCCUAAUGAUGGCAGCCCUGCCUGCCUUGGAAGCCAAUGACCCAGCUGAUAAGGACAGUCCUUUCUAUUAUGACUGGCACAGCCUUCGUGUGGGCGGUAUGGUUUGCGCUGGCAUCCUGUGUGCUGUUGGCAUCAUCGUUCUCAUGAGUAGCAAGUGUAAAUGCAAAUUCAGCCAGAAGCACAACCCCAGGGCAGGAGAAAUCACGUCUCUCAACGCACCAGGCUCUGCCAGUAACUGCUAAGUUGGAACCAACCUCUCCAGGCCUCUGCAGACCUCUUUUUUUUCCCCCCACAAGAGAAAGAGUUCCCUUCUUCCCUGGACCUCCCCUGAACAUCACCUACUCCCUUACUCUUCUGCCUAGAGCCUUUCAGUCACUGCUGGCCCCUGGCCCCAGGUAGAAGAGGUUGGCUGUUUGUUUGUUUGUUUGUUUUUACAUUUAUUUUAUAAUGAAGCCAUUCUGAGACUCUCACCUGAAGAUGUCCUAGAACUGGUUGGGGAGGGGGAGAACAGAGUGGAUGGGGCUGAACAGGCUACAGAACAGCCCUUUUGGCUCCCAGCCACCUAACUCCUUCCUUCUUAAAUAAACUCCUUUGUCAGGAA